CCCCUCCCUUGCCCUCCAAAAAGGAGGAGGGGGGCUGGCAGGCGGUGGAGCGCAGUGGGAGAGGCGGCAAGGCAGGCGUGCAGGAGGCAAAGCCCGGGCUCGGCCGGCUGGUGAGAGGGAAGAUGGGCACAGAGGACACUGGCAACGGAACCUCUCCCACCCCACCUCUCCUUGGGCUUCUGGUUUCAACCACCGAGCUGGUCCCACCCGUUACCGCAUCCCCUGAUAAGGCAGACCCACUGCCCAUCAUCGUGGUGCUCGUCUGCAUCUUCCUCCUCCUGGUGACCUUCCUCAUCUUUGCCACCCUCUGCAAGCCUGCAGGGCUGGACCAGUCCCGCUCUGGACCCCGUGAGUGCAUGCCCCAUCACCCGGUGGAUGCCAGUGAGCCCCAGCUGAGGCUCUGGAAGCGGCUGGGCUCCCUGAGAUGCUCCAUCAACACCUUCAGGAGGAGUAGACCGAUGUCCCAGAGCCACCUCGCACGCCCUAGGAGCUCCCCGACUAGCCAGGACUGGGACAUCAUGGAGUCCACCAAAAUGUGAUCCUGCUCUGCAGGAACUAGCUCACCCCACAUCACCAUUCUUUCCCAAGCUUUUGGUUCAGGCUCAGUUCCCU